AUGUUCGCUAAAAUUUUAGCUGUCAGCGCUUUGGUGGCUGUGGCCCGCGCUGGUCACCUCGGGCUUGGCGGAUACUCGGUGUCCUCCCAGCACAACCUGGUGCACCACGACUCGCAUUACGCGGCAGCUCCCCUCGCCACUUACGCUCACGCCACGCCCCUGGUACACGCCGCGCCCGUCGUCCAUGCUCCCGUCGUUCACGCUGCACCCGUCGCCCACGUCAUCGCUGCCCCCGUUGAAGUACAUGGAGGCCACUACAGCCACGGACAUGAGGACUACUAUGCUCACCCCAAAUACAAGUACUCCUACUCUGUGGAAGACCCUCACACUGGCGACCACAAGUCCCAGCACGAGGUCCGUGAUGGCGAUGUCGUGAAGGGAGAAUACUCUCUGCUGCAGCCUGAUGGCUCUUUCCGCAAGGUGUCCUACACAGCUGAUGACCACAACGGGUACGUAGAACAAAACAAUAUAAAUCAUUCAUUCUUCUUCGAUCUGAAUAGUUAA